AAGCUUACAAAAGAAAUGUCGGAAAAUAAAACAAUGUAAGUACAUAUGUUUAUUUCAUUUCUUUUAUAAAAUAACAUGAAUCAAUGAAUUUUUUUUAUUCAGCUGCAAGAGAACUAAUAAAAAUAAGUUCGAAAAGCUAGUCGAACUGAUGGAAUCGAACCCAAAUCUAGCGAGAGGUGUUGGAGAGUUUGGUUCUUCCAAAAAAAACCAAAAGGAAUAUUGGGACCAAUUUGCUACAACCCUCAACUCACUUGGGCCACCUACUCGUGAUGGAAAAGAAUGGCACAAGGUUUGGCUGGAUUAUAAGCUCAAAAUCAAAAGGAAACUUUCGAUGAAUAAAGCCGAAGUGGUGGCAACUGGUGGAGGUAAAUACUAUCAAGUUUCCUUAACACCUUUGGAACAAGCUGUGGAUGAGCUGCUUGGACUUGAGCAAGCUGUAAGGCCAGAAGACAUUGAAGUGCUCAACGAAAAAGACCCUGGUGAAGCCGAUAAACAAAAAUCACCACCGCCCCCACUACCAGCAAUGAAAAGAACCACAAUGAAUGAAAAUUCUGAAAAAGAACGUCUUCGCUUGUUACAAGGCCAAACUGCAACACAGACAGAGUUGGUAAAAAUCGAAAAAGAAAAGUUAAGUUUUCUGUCCGACAUCGCCAGAUUUUCCAGAAAAAGCUACGAAAUUCAAAGAGAGAAGCUUGCUCUAUUAAAAGCAGCAGAAAAAAGGAAAGAAAAAGAAAAUUUCGAUAAAAACCGUCGCCAUGCUGAGUAUCUGGAAAUGGAAACGAAAAAGCACGAAUUGGAGAUGCUUAAAUUUAAUUUAAAAAAUUAAAAUAAUUUUUUUUCCUUGUACUUUUCUUAUAGUUAUGAAUGAAUUCUUUUCCUUUUUUUCUUGUUAAUAAAGAGUUACGACUUAAUUUUUAAAUCAAAUAUAUUUUUUAUUAUUUAUGAAAGCAAAAUAAACUUGAACUUGAAUUUCAUCCCAAUGUUGUUUUUUAUUUACAGAGAUUCCAUUAUUUGAUUUCUUCUGCGUUCGGCUUCAGCACUGCUUGGAGUUUCGAGUUGUAUUCCUUCUGUUGGUAAAGAUAUUUCCUCUUCUACAAUCUCGGGAUCUGUAACUCGGUAUUUUAUACAAAUGUUAUGCAAGGCACAGCAUGCAUUAACAUUUUUUUUGCCUUUGAAGGAGCGUAAUGCAUUUUCCUUUCAUUUAAAAGACAGCGAAAUCGACUCUUAAGAACGCCAAUAGUCCUUUCUAUUAUAUUUCUGCCUUUGGCGUGUUGCUUAUUGAAUAAAGACUGCCUUGAACCGGAACUUACGUUUCUGAAAGGAGUGAGCAAACAAGACGAUAGUGGGUAACCGGCGUCUCCUAAAAAUAAGAAGAAAUUAUUGAACGACGAAAUAAAAAUAUAAAUACUACCAAGGAACAUUGAACGUUCUCCUCUUUGGUACCACGUUUCAAGAACUGACUUAAGAUUACUGCAGCUCCAUACAAAGGAAUCAUGGGUCGAUCCAGGAUAUCUUGCGUCAACAUAACGAAUACACAUGUUAUGGUCACACGCCUUAAAAACUUGCAUUAAAAAACAAAAGCUAUUCUCAAGGAAAACACUUACUAUCAUUGCGUUUAAACUGUAAUAUCCUUUUCGGUUAAGAUACUGAUGACGUAACUCAAUCGGAGCAACGAUUCCUAUAUGGGUCCCGUCAACACAUCCAAUUACUCCUGGUAACCUGGACGUUGAAAAAAAAUAGUUUCGUGCAUUUUGUUUCUCAUCGGAUGACAUGUUGAGACUGAUCCAGGUUGGACGUAAUUUGUCUUCGAUUGCACACACAACUUCUUUUAAUACUAUGGAAACCGAGGAUUGUGACAGGCCUAAGUCAAAAUCAUUUCCUACGCUGCUUUGAUAACUCCCACUAGCAAAAAAUCUAAGGGCACAAGCUAAUUUUAGUACAGCAGGGAUUGAAGAGGUGCUUGCAUUUUUAAAUUGGCCUUCCAACUUGUUUAAUACGAAAACAAACGCUUCCUUAUUCAGUCGAAAAUAUGAUCUGAAACUUAAGGAAUUUAUUAGAAUUAAAAGAACUUC